AGCGCCAGCCACUGGGGUCAUGUCGCCAUAGCCUCAGCAGCGUCCCAGCGGCUCGCUUCAUGCCGCGGUGCAGCCGCACUAUGUUCCUAGGGUGAGGGAGCGACUGGGCAUGCUGCUCCCCAUGGGUUGCCCACCAUGUCUAAUGGAUAUCGCACUCUGUCCCAGCAUCUCAAUGACCUGAAGAAAGAGAACUUCAGCCUCAAGCUGCGCAUCUACUUCCUGGAGGAGCGCAUGCAGCAGAAGUAUGAGGCCAGCCGAGAUGACAUCUACAAGCGGAACAUCGAGCUGAAGGUUGAAGUAGAGAGCCUGAAACGAGAACUCCAGGACAAGAAACAGCAUCUAGAUAAAACAUGGGCUGAUGUGGAGAAUCUCAACAGCCAUAAUGAAGCUGAGCUCCGGCGCCAGUUUGAGGAGAGACAGCAGGAGACGGAGCAUGUUUACGAGCUCCUGGAGAAUAAGAUCCAGCUUCUGCAGGAGGAAUCCAGGCUAGCAAAGAAUGAGGCUGCACGCAUGGCAGCUCUGGUGGAAGCAGAGAAAGAGUGUAACCUGGAGCUCUCAGAGAAACUGAAGGGAGUCACCAAGGACAGGGACGAGGUACCAACGGACCGGGUCAAUCCUGACCAAUACACUGAGGCCCUGGCCCAGCGGGACAAAAGAAUUGAGGAACUGAAUCAGAGCCUGACUGCCCAGGAGAAGCUUGUAGAACAGCUUUUUCGAGAGAAACAACAACUGCUCCAUCUGUUGGAGGAGCCAACCAGCAUGGACGUGCAGCCUGUGACUGAAGAGUUACUCAAACAACAAAAGCUGAAUUCAGAUGAGACCAUUAUAACUCAGCAGUCUGUAUCUGAUUCCCACUUGGCAGAACUCCAGGAAAAAAUCCAGCAAACGGAGGCCACCAACAAGAUUCUUCAAGAGAAACUGAAUGAAAUGAGCUGUGAACUCAAGUCUGCUCAGGAGUCAUCUCAGAAGCAAGACGGUACAAUUCAAAGCCUCAAGGAAACUCUGAAGAGCAGGGAAAAUGAGACCGAGGAGUUGUACCAGGUGAUUGAAGGUCAAAAUGACACAAUGGCAAAGCUUCGAGAAAUGCUGCAUCAAAGCCAGCUUGGACAACUUCAUAACUCAGAGGGUACUUCCCCAGCUCAGCAACAGGUGGCUCUGCUUGAUCUUCAGAGUGCUUUGUUCUACAGCCAGCUUGAAAUACAGAAACUCCAGAGGGUAGUACGUCAAAAAGAACGCCAACUGGCUGAUGCCAAACGAUGUGUGCAAUUUGUAGAGGCUGCUGCCCAAGAAAGAGAACAGCAGAAAGAGGCAUCUUGGAAACAUAACCAGGAAUUACGAAAAGCCUUGCAGCAGCUCCAAGGAGAAUUGCAGAGUAAGAGCCAACAGCUUCGUACCCUGGAGACUGAAAAACACAACGAGAUUAGAACCCAUGAUCAACACAUUCAGCACCUAAACCACAGUCUGAGUCACAAAGAGCAGCUGCUUCAGGAAUUUCGGGAGCUCCUGCAAUAUCGAGAUAAGUCAGACAAAACCCUUGAAGCAGAUGAAAUGUUGCUUGAGAAACUUCGGCAGAGAAUACAAGAUCGAGAUGUUGCUCUAGAGCGGGCUAUAGAUGAAAAGUUCUCCACUCUGGAAGAGAAAGAAAAAGAACUGCGUCAACUUCAUCUCGCCGUGCGAGAACGAGAUCAUGACUUAGAGAGAUUGCGUGGUAUUCUCUCCUCUAAUGAAGCUACCAUGCAGAGUAUGGAGAGUCUCCUGAGGGCCAAAGGCCUGGAAGUAGAGCAGUUAUCUGCCACCUGUCAAAACCUCCAAUGGCUGAAAGAAGAAAGGGAAACCAAAUUUAGCCAUUGGCAGAAGGAACAAGAAAGUAUCAUUCAGCAGUUACAGACAUCUCUGCAUGACAGGAACAAAGAAGUGGAGGAUCUUAGUGCCACGUUGCUCUGUAAGCUGGGACCGGGACAGAGUGAGAUAGCAGAGGACCUGUGCCGGCGCCUACAGCGAAAGGAAAGGAUGCUGCAGGAACUCCUGAGCGAUCGAAACAAGCAAGCAGUGGAACAUGAACUCGAGAUUCAAGGCCUGCUUCAGUCUCUGAGCACCAGGGAGCAGGAGAGCCAAGCCACUGCAGAGAAGAUGGUACAAGCCCUGAUGGAAAGAAAUUCAGAAUUACAGGCCCUGCGCCAGUAUUUAGGAGGGAAAGACUUCAUGUCCCAAGCACUCAUCUCUAACCAACCCACUGAAGUUACCUCCAGUAGCCCCCAUCUUAGAGAGCAGACUGACCAAGGUUCAGUGCAUAUACCCUCCAAAGAUGAUAGCAUUUUGUUGACUGCCAAAGGAGAUACCAGUAUACCCAGGUCCUCAUUAGGAGACUUGGACACAGUUGCAGGGCUGGAAAAGGAACUGAGUAAUGCCAAAGAAGAACUUGAGCUCAUGGCUAAAAAAGAAAGAGAAAGUCGGAUGGAACUUUCUGCACUACAGUCCAUGGUAGCCGUGCAAGAGGAAGAGCUACAGGUGCAGGCUGCCGACAUGGAGUCCCUGACCAGGAACAUACAGAUUAAAGAAGACCUCAUAAAGGACCUGCAGAUGCAACUGGUUGAUCCUGAAGACAUACCAGCUAUGGAACGCCUGACGCAAGAAGUCUUACUUCUUCGGGAAAAAGUUGCUUCAGUAGAAUCACAGGGUCAAGAAACUUUAGGAAAUCGAAGACAACAAUUGCUGCUGAUGCUCGAAGGGCUGGUAGAUGAACGGAGUCGGCUCAAUGAGGCUUUGCAAGCAGAGAGACAGCUCUAUAGCAGUCUGGUGAAGUUCCACGCCCAUCCAGAGAGCUCAGAGAGAGACCGAACUCUGCAGGUGGAAUUAGAAGGGGCCCAGGUGAUACGCGGUCGGCUAGAAGAAGUUCUUGGAAGAAGUCUGGAGCGUUUAAGCAGGCUGGAGACCCUGGCCGCCAUUGGAGGUGCAGCUGCAGGGGACGAUACUGAAGAUGCUAGCACCGAGUUCACGGACAGCAUCGAGGAGGAGGCUGCCCACAAUAGCCACCAGCAACUCAUCAAGGUGGCCUUGGAGAAGAGCCUGGCAGCCGUGGAGACCCAGAAUGCAUGUCUUCCCCCUCCUUCCUCAACAGGAGGGGACAGUCACAGAGGUCUUCAGGAGGAAAUGCUCCACCUGAGGGCUGAGAUCCACCAGCACUUAGAGGAGAAGAGGAGAGCUGAGGGGGAACUGAAGGAGCUAAAGGCUCAAAUUGAGGAAGCAGGAUUCUCCUCUGUUGCCCACAUCAGGAACACCAUGCUGAGCCUUUGCCUUGAGAAUGCAGAGCUGAAAGAGCAGAUGGGAGAAGCAAUGUCUGAUGGAUGGGAGAUUGAGGAAGACAAGGAGAAGGGCGAGGUGACAGUGGAAACUGUGGUAGCCAGAGGGGGUCUGAAUGAGAAUAGCCUUCAGGCUGAGUUCAGAAAGCUCCAGGGAAAACUGAAGAAUGCUCACAACAUCAUCAACCUCCUCAAAGAACAGCUGGUGCUGAGCAGCAAGGACGGGAAUAGUAAGCUUAGUCCAGAGCUCCUUGCGCCCCUGGCCCGGGAGAUCGACAGAAUGAACACAGAGCUGGUCUGUUCUGAGAAGCCCCAACACCAAGAAGAGGAGCACGUGACCAUAAGGCCCUGCCCCAGACCCCAGAGCCUUGACCUUGGGACUACCCUCACCGCGGAUGGCCACCAACUGGAUAACCCGUCCCAGGCCCGAGACCCUGGGCCUCAGUCAGAAUUUAGCCUUCCCGGAUCCACCAAGCACCUGCGCUCCCAGCUGGCUCAAUGCAGACAACGCUAUCAGGAUCUCCAGGAGAAGCUGCUGAUAUCAGAAGCCACGGUCUUUGCCCAGGCCAACCAGCUGGAGAAAUACAGAGUCAUGCUUACAGGUGAGUCCUUGGUGAAGCAGGACAGCAAGCAGGUGCAAGUGGACCUCCAGGAUCUGGGCUAUGAGACCUGCGGCCGAAGUGAGAAUGAAGCUGAGCGGGAGGAGAGCACCAGUCCCGAGUGUGAGGAGCACGACAGCCUCAGGGAAACAGCCCUGGUGGAGGGGCGCCUGGGCUCACCAGCGGCCAGCCCCCCGGGGACGAAGCCCUUGGACAGCCCUCGAGGGAACCAGGAGGAGUUCCAGGCAUCUGGAAAGUCGGAAGACAUCUCUGUCCUACGUAAGGACAUCAGAGACCUGAAGGCCCAGCUGCAGAAUGCCAACAAGAUCAUUCAAAACCUCAAGAGCCGGGUCCGGUCCCUCUCGGUUACAAGUGACUAUUCGUCUAGUCUGGAGAGACCGCGAAAGCUGAAGGCCAUUGGCACCCUCGAGGGAUCUUCACCUCAUAGUGUCACUGACGAGGAUGAGGGGUGGCUGUCUGAUGGUACUGGAGCUUUCUACCCCCCGGGGCUUCGGGCUAAAAAGGAUCUGGAGAGUCUGAUCCAGAGAGUGUCCCAGCUGGAGGCCCAGCUCCUGAAAACUGGAGUGGAAGGGAAGCUGGCAGAGGAGCUGAGAUCAGCCUCAUGGCCUGGGAAAUAUGAUUCCCUGAUUCAGGAUCAGGCCCGAGAGCUGUCAUACCUACGCCAGAAGAUACGAGAAGGGAGAGGUAUCUGUUAUCUUCUCACCCAGCAUGCAAAAGAUACAGUAAAAUCUUUUGAGGACCUUCUUAGGAGCAAUGACAUUGACUACUACCUGGGGCAGAGCUUCCGGGAGCAGCUCGCCCAGGGAAGCCAGCUGACAGAGAGGCUUACCAGCAAACUCAGCACCAAGGAUCAUAAAAGUGAGAAAGAUCAAGCUGGAAUUGAACCGCUGGCUCUCAGGCUCAGCAGGGAGCUGCAGGAGAAGGAGAAAGUGAUUGAAGUCCUGCAGGCCAAGCUGGAUGCCCGGUCCCUCACGCCCUCCAGCAGCCAUGCCUUGUCGGACUCCCAGCGCUCUCCCAGCAGCUCCUCCUUCCUGUCUGAUGAGCUGGAAGCCUGCUCUGACAUGGAUGUAGCCAGCGAGUACACACACUAUGAAGAGAAGAAGGCUCUGCCUGGUCACUCAGAUUCCAUCCAUCAUUCGAGUCAUUCCGCUGUCCUGUCUCCUAAGCCAUCAGCAACCAGUGCACCUCAGGGGGUUAAGGCCGAACCCAGCAGCAGCCCCAUCAGCUUGCCAGCUCCCCAGAACCCCCCCCAGGAGGCCAGCCAGGCCCAUCCAGGCCUUCAUUUUCCCUCCAUACCCACGCUGGUUAGCCUUCCCCAGGCGCCACUGCCCUCAGCUCCACCCAGCUUCCUGCCUUUCAGCCCCACUGGCCCUCCCCUCCAUGGCUGCUGUGAGACACCCAUGGUCUCCUUGGCAGAGGCUCAGCAGGAGCUGCAGAUGCUGCAGAAACAGUUGGGAGAAAGUGUCAGCACUGUCCAUCCUGCUUCCCCAGCUGCAUUGCCAAGCAACCAUUUAGAAGCCAGUUCUUCCCACUAUCUCAACGCCGCCCAGCCCCACUCUCCUCUGAGGGGCAGCGCAGAACUGGGCAGAAUCCUGGAGCCCAGCUACCUGGGCAGCAGCAGCCAGUGGGAUGUGAUGAGGCCUCAGAAAGGGAGUGUAUCAGGCGACCUGUCCUCAGGAUCCUCUGUGUGUCAGCUUAACUCCAAACCCACAGGGGCUGACCUGCUAGAAGAACAUCUUGGUGAGAUCCGGAACCUGCGCCAGCGUCUGGAGGAGUCCAUCUGCAUCAAUGACCGCCUCCGGGAGCAGCUCGAACACCGGCUCAGCUGUGCAGCCCGUGGGAACGGAUCCACCUCUAAUUUCUACAGUCCUGGCCUGGAACCCACACCUCAGCUCUACAACGAGAACAGAGUCCUUAAGGAAGAAAACCGGAGCCUUCAGGCUCAGCUGAGUCAUGUUUCCAGAGAGCGCUCCCAGGAGACAGAAUGCCUGAGGGAGGCUCUGCUGUCCUCUCGAGCCCGGCUUCAAGAGUUGGAGAUGGAGCUGGAGCACCAAAAGGGGGAACGGCAGCAGCUUCUGGAAGACUUGAAGGAGAAGCAGCAGGAGAUCUUGCAUUUCCAGGAGGAGCGCCUGUCCCUCCAGGAGAAAGACUCCAGGCUGCAGCAUAAGCUGGCCCUCCUGCAGCAACAGUGUGAAGAUAAACAGCAGCUCUUCCAGUCCCUCCGGUCGGAGCUACAGAUCUACGAGGCGCUUUAUGGCAAUUCCAAGAAGGGGCUGAAAGCUUCCACCCGGGAUGCGGGGCACCAGGUCCCUUCGAGCAGUGACUUGAGCCAGCUGGUGGCAGAGAUCCGAGCUUUGCGAGGGCAGCUGGAGCGAAGCAUCCAGGUGAACAACUGUCUGCGACAGCAGCUGGAGCAGCAGUUGGACGGUGGGGGGGGCAAAGCUAGCCUCAGCCCCUCCUCCGCCAACGAGGAGGACCCUGGAAACAAGCAACUGCUCUUCCAAGACUCCAUUGCUUCCCCUCCAGUACGAGAUGUUGGCAUGAAUUCUCCAGCGCUCGUGUUCCCUAGCCCUUCUCCCGCUGCUCCUGGCUCAGAGACCGCCAUCUUCAAUAAGACAAAUGAGCUGGAUUUGGAUGCUUCGGCAGUAAUGAAGAACCCUCCCAAGCUGGAGGGCGAAGCUACUGAUGGUUCUUUUGCCAGUAAACAUGGCCGCCAUGUCAUUGGCCACAUUGACGACUACAGUGCCCUACGACAGCAGAUAGGGGAGGGCAAACUGCUGGUCAAAAAGAUAGCAGCUCUUGUGAGAUCAGCCUGCUCCUUCCCAGGCCUUGAAACUCAGGGCACAGAGGUGCCCAACAGCGAAGGCAUCCAUGAACUUGGGAGCAGCGCCCAGGCCCUGCAGCACACGCUGGAGGAGUCGGCCUCCCUCCUCACCAUGUUCUGGCGAGCAGCCCUGCCCAGCUCCCCCGGCCCUGCCCUGUCUGGCAGCACGGGACAGUCCAUGAAAAGGGAACUUCUGGAACUGAGAACCAAACUGUCCAAACAGGAGAGUCUCCUUCAGAGCACAGUGGAGCGUCUGAAGACUGCCAACCAGCAGAAGGAGAGCAUGGAGCAGUUCAUCUUCAGCCAGUUGACCAGGACACAUGAUGUUUUGAAGAAGGCAAGGACUAAUUUGGAGGAGCCACGCCAGAAGAGGAGCCGCCGGAGGUCUUGCCAACAGCAGGAAGGAUGGGCCUGCCCCCCUUUGGUGCAGAUGCCAAUCUACUGAGGAGACCUGGAUCCCACUCCUCCACACCUGCUGGAGGGUCCAGGAGGAGUCAAGAGGCCGGCCCGGUGGAGGGCAGACAGCCUCUCCUAUGGCUAAGGGACACCAUCCGCCAGGGGCUGCUCAGCCCCGCACUGAG